AAUCAGCUCGCGUGCCGCCUUUGGCACCCGUGCCAUAGGUUGCCUACCCCUGCAGUAUACCAAUGGGCUAAGGCAGUCCACUAUGGAGUAAGGGCCUAUCCAUUUUGAUUCCAGUGAGUGACCCCUUUUUCCCAUAUUAAGGUACAUGGCUUGGUCCUCUGUUUCCCACAAGGCUGCCUUUGUGGGCCUUUGUUUCUGAAUUUUGUUGUUCAUGUGUUCGAUGGCCGGAUUAACCCUCUACUGACAGGUGGUUUUAUUUUCUUGUAACUUUGAGCCAUUGAAAAUAAUCAUGCUGGGUUAUAUUAGAGCUCUCUUCUUCACCCUGUACCAGGUACCUAGGAUCAAUCUCUAGGCGCAUUGGAUGUCCAAACAGAAUUUGAAAGGGUCGAAUUUUUGUCCUUAGUCUAUUACUGCUGUGGAUGGCAGCCAACAUCAGAGGCAGUUUAUCCAGCCCGUCUUUCCCCGUGUGAUUUACUACCCUCCAGAGCGUUUCCUUAAUAGUGCGGUUCAUGCGCUCUCCUUGGCCUGAGGCCGGUACGAUACAGACUAACACAGCUACUCCGGAUAUUUUCAGUUUCCGUAUUACUUCAUCGCAGACUUACAGGAAGAGAGAGACAGAGAGAGAGAGAGAGACAGCUGAAACACACAGGAUUACCCUAUGUCUUUAACUUCCCCAAGAAGGUCCCAGGAAUGGAAGCACUCAGGGGUGGAAGGCAGGCAGCUGAGGUCGAUUGAGCAGCUCCCAGGAAGGCUCAGUAAAUGUCCAUUGACCCAGUCGUGGUUGGGAAUAAAUCUCCCACUAUGAGCGAAGAAGAAUUCAAAGCUGCUGUCCAAGGAGGAAACCUUAAAGAAGCAGCUUCGAUAGCGCAGCGGAUGAUGAAGUCACCCGGAUUAUUCAACAUUGCCGUCGUUGGAGAGUCGGGCUCUGGAAAGUCAUCGUUUAUCAAUGCCUUCCUGGGCUUAGCUGAUGAUGAUAUAGGCGCCGCUGAGGUCGGGAUGGUGGAAACAACAGAUUGGUCAACCCUAUAUUCACAUCCUGAAUACCCUAACGUUUUCUUAUGGGAUCUUCCAGGAAUUGGAACACAACAUUUUCAGUCAGUUGAACACAAGAUGACUGAUACAUACUUCUCAGGAUAUGAUUUUUUCCUUAUUGUCACUGCUACACGCUUCAGACAUAUCCAUGCCAACCUGGCACGGAAGAUCCAGGAGAACAUGAAGAAGUUUUAUUUUGUGCGCUCCAAAGUGGACCAAGACUUGGGGGCUGAAAAGAGAAAAAUAAACUUUAGUGAGGCGAGAACCCUGCAGCAGAUCAGAGAAAACUGUCAAGCCCAUCUACAAAGAGCAGGAGUGAAUGACCCUCAGGUUUUUCUCCUCUCCAGCUGGGAAUCUGACAAGCAUGAUUUUCCCCUCCUGAAGGAGAAACUGGAUAAAGAACUCUGCCAUGCUAUGUUUCAAAACCUGCUAGAUAUCUCAUGCAGGACCCUGCAAGAGAAGAAAACAGACAUGCAGAAGACCACACGGAAAUCAGCUACCUUGUCGGGCGGUCCUCGUGCAAUUCUUCUUCCGGGUCUUUCUCUUGUUGCCGACACAGCUGCCUUGGUGGAUUGCAUGAGAAAUUACUGCAAAAAGUUUGGCCUGAAUUCUGACUCCCUCUCUGCACUCGCUGAGCAGGUUGGGAAGCGGGAGGAAGAUCUGAAGGCCGUGAUAAGGUCUCCACUGGCCACAGAAAUAACAACUGACCUUGUACUGAAGCUGCUGGAGAAGUGUGCAGGUGAGGGAGUGACGUAUCUGACUUACUUUGCCUGGAGUAUGCCAGUGGUCGGGUCACUGUUUUCUGCACAGGUUUCUUUUGGCACAACAGUGUUUAUGCUUAAUAACUUUAUAAGCGACCUUGCUGAAGAUACCCAAAGAGUCCUGGCAAAGGCUUUGGAGGGAGAAGAGUAAAAGUCAAAACAACAUCACCAAGAAAUCAAUUUGUCUGUAAUGCAUGAAAAAAAACCAACCAAUCCAAUCUCGGCUGGAGGCAGGUGUGACACUGGCAGACCAGAUGCCAGCUCAUGCCAAGACUCUAGGCCUCAGCCCUAACAAAUUCGUAGCUGGAAACCAGUCUGUGUGUGAGGACUGUUAAUAUAGCUGUUAAGCAUACAAAAAUGUGUUCAGACGUUAGGAAAUACUUGUGAGUUGCUGCCUGCGUGAAUCUCACUUUUAAUGUCUGUAUCCCCUGCGAUAUACAAGGUAAUAUUUGAGGGCUCUGUAAAAAUGUUUGCUCUGAAACUGUAAAUCCAGUCAGGAAAGAAA